AUGAACAACAAUAUAAUACAGGGUAGUGCUUUGCACUGGGCCGCCAAACAAGGCAAUGAAGACGUUGUCAAAUUAAUAGCCGGCACCUACAAGGCCGAUGUCAAUGCUCAAACGGGUUAUACUCCUUUACAUAUAGCCAUGCAAUUUGGAAGAUCCGAUAUAUUUGCUUUGCUCUGCAAUACUUACAAGGCCAAUCGUGAUCUGCUCGACUGGGCCGGCAACAAGCCAUUGGACUACAGCAAACAACAGACAAGUGUUUCGGCAUCCACCUACAGCAGUGAGUAUUGCUCAAAGUUUCUCCUCAACGAACUUAACAACAACUAUCACUUUCAACUACCACCUAAUAUGAAGAACGGCUCUGGUAGUGGCAAACUUGCUAUUGGAGGCGGUACAGUCGGUAGUGCUUUGGUGCGCGGCAAAAAACGCUCACAACUAACCAGUCCUCUAACACGCACCCAAUCCCUACUAACGCAAACAUCCUCAAUGCGACGUCAAAAGAAAUCGGCCAUACAAUCGGUGAAAUACGAUUUCGAUGAUGACAACUUGAUUCCCUGUGACAUGUUGUUGGCAUCACCGCAAAGUUCGCCCGAAUCGACACCACGCAGUCUUUCGCCCAAAGACAUACGUCACGGCACGGUGGCUCGUCGCAAGGAGAGCUUUUUGCGCAAAACACUACGUGCUGCUACCUCCUCCAGAAGCAACAAUAAUCCAGAUAGUGUUACUAACCAAACUGUAAUGGAAGACCAACCUACUAGUAGUCCAAAAAAGGUGGUCAUGGCGGAAAUCGUCGAUAAAAUCCAUGAAAUUUUAUUGGACGAUUGUAGAAUAAAAGUGCGUGAGGUGGCUGAGGCUGUAAUAAUCACACCUAAGCAAAUCAAAGCAAAGAGAAAACCUACAGUCGAAAAAGAUUCGGGAUUCCUACGGAUUGGCUCUUUGAAUGUGCGAGUGAAGAAAACGACCGAAGCGUUCAGCAACUUCUUGGGAGUGGGCAAUGGCACUGGGAACACGAUGCACUCACAACAACAGCAUCAUCACCAUCCACACGCAGCAUCAACAGUAAAUCACCCUCACCAGCGCCAUCACCGUCACCAUCACUAUCCUCAUCAUCUUCACGCUCCCGGUGGUAUGAUGCGGAAUCAGCAUCAUCUUCAUCCGAUGAUGAUGAAAAAAUCAGCAACAAUGACGAUGAAGAACCCACCAUCAUCGAUGAAUCUACCGCCACCGGGCUCACGCGCCAGUGUGCCCAUUAAUACCACAAAAUACGAUAUGCUGCACAAAUCUUGGGGUUCCGCUGAUAACAUAACACAAAAUGGCCUAAAGACUACCAAAAACUAUAACGAUAACGACGAAGAAGAAGAAGUAGAUGAUGAGGAUUCUUUAAUGCCACCACCCAAGGGUCUGGACAGUGUUAAGAAACGUCAAAAGAAUGCCAAACGUUCGUCCAUAUCCUCAAAUGCCACAGAUUCACCACGAGAUUCGAUAUCUUCCACAUCAAGUUCAAAUUUUAAUUCCGGUUACAGCAGCAUGCCCACAACUCCCAAUCAACUAAGAUCGCCUUUGGGUUUGGGUGUUCCCAACAAUCUGACAGCUGAUUCAGAUUCAGAUUCGGCUUGUGGUUUCGAUUCGAAUUGGUCCAUAAAUGGUCGCAGUUCAUUAAGUAGUGGCAAUUUAAAAUCCUCGAAAUAUUAACACUCUAACCUUUAUUAUAUAUGUAAUACAAAAUUGAAUUUGUAUACAAACUUCAAUUAAUAACCAUAUUUCUCAAAUUGUAAUUAGAAUUAAGCAAUACUUUAUUAUUUCAGUAUAUUAAACCUACAAUAUGUUCAAUGUAAUAAUAAAUAACACUACUAAUUAAUACAUGUUCACAACAUUUUAAAUAAACUUUUUUUUAAAUACCUAUAACAA